GCCCGCCGCGCGCCGCCAACGCCCCGGGACCGGAGCCUCGCGCCGCCCGCCCGCCGCGUUUCCCUGCUUCUCAGACCAGGAACCACUUUUCCUCAGUUUGCCAGUCUGCGACCAGGACAGAAAGGUGAAGGCCGGAAGAGGAGAGCUGCCUUUGCCACUCCCUGGAAGGGAAGGAGGAAUCGUGGAGUCUUGGACUUGAUGGAAACCGUGGAGGCACUCUGGUCCGGCUUCCUCCCCAGCCAGUGAGGGAAGCCCUUGUGCAGCUCCCUGAGACCUCACCCACCCAUCCUUGCUCAGAACCGCCAGGGAUGCGCUGCCCCCUGAGAGCCUCUCCUGCUGUUCCUUAGGAGGACAGGUUGCUGCCACUGCCACUACUUCUGUCAACCUCAUUUUUACUUUAUGGAUCUUUCCCUGAUGUGAAGCUCCCUCCCUGGACACCACUGUAGUCAGGUCAGCGUCCUGUAGCUUGGAGACCUUGGUUCAUUCCAGCACAGGCCCCUGCCUGAAGAGAGCCCCGGCCCGGCCCGGCCCGGCCCUACCUGCUUCCUGGGGCAAGGCUGCCAAGUCUUCCCCCGUCGCGACAGUUCACUUAACUCAUGGUGUGAGUGGCACGUGGCUGGCUUAGGUGUUUGGAGAGUGAACGCCAGGUCCCCCUCUUGUCCCUUCAGCCCCUCGGACCUUGAGGAUACACCUGGCUCCACAAUGGCAGCAGAGACCCUCAAUUUUGGGCCUGAGUGGCUGAGGGCCCUUUCCAGUGGUGGCAGUGUGGCCUCUCCACCCCCGUCCCCUGCCAUGCCCAAAUACAAGCUGGCUGACUAUCGCUACGGGCGAGAAGAGAUGCUGGCUCUGUACGUCAAGGAGAACAAGGUACCCGAUGAGCUGCAGGACAAGGAGUUUGCUGCGGUGCUGCAGGAGGAGCCACUGCAGCCCCUGGCGCUGGAGCCUUUGACUGAGGAGGAGCAGAGAAACUUCUCCCUGUCAGUGAACAGUGUGGCUGUGCUGAGGCUGAUGGGGAAGGGGGCCGGCCCCCCCCUAGGUGGCGCCUCCCGCGGCAGGGGCAGCACUCGGAGCCGAGGCCGAGGCCGUGGUGACAGUUGCUUUUACCAAAGAAGCAUCGAAGAAGGCGAAGGGGCCUUUGGUCGCAACCCCCGGGAGAUCCAGCGUAGCCAGAGUUGGGAUGACAGAGGCGAGAGAAGGUUUGAGAAGUCGGCCAGGAGGGAUGGAGCGCGAUCCGGGUUUGAGGAGGGAGGGGCUGGCCCGAGGAAGGAGCAUGCCCGCUCAGAUAGCGAGAACUGGCGUUCUCUCCGAGAGGAGCAAGAGGAAGAGGAGGAAGGCAGUUGGAGACUUGGGGCAGGACCCCGGCGAGAUGGCGACCGCUGGCGCUCAGCCAGCCCUGAUAGCGGUCCCCGCUCUGCUGGCUGGCGGGAACAUGGGGACCGGCGUCGCAAGUUUGAAUUUGAUAUUCGAGGGGAUCGAGGAGGGUGUGGUGAAGAGGAGGGGCGGGGUGGGGGAGGCAGCGCUCACCUGCGGAGGUGCCGAGGGCCUGACGGCUUUGAGGAGGACAAGGAUGGGCUCCCCGAAUGGUGCCUGGACGACGAGGAUGAGGAGAUGGGCACCUUUGAUGCCUCUGGGGCUUUUCUGCCUCUCAAGAAGGGCCCCAAGGAGCCUAUUCCUGAGGAGCAGGAGCUCGACUUCCAGGGCCUGGAGGAAGAGGAGGAAGAACCUUCUGAAGCGCUAGAUGAGGCGGGCCCUGAGGCGGGAGGGAAGGAGCUGACCCCACUGCCUCCCCAGGAGGAAAACUCCAGCUCCCCACCCCCACUGCCCACCUUGGGCCCGCUCUGGGGAACUAACGGGGAAGGCGACGAUGCUACAGAGAAAGACCUGCCGGCGACUGAAGACGAUAUGAGGGGGAUGCAGCUGAGUCCCGGGGUGGGCUCACCCCCUGGUCCACCUGGAGAUCUGGAGGAUGAUGAAGGCCUGAAGCACCUGCAGCAGGAGGCAGAGAAGCUGGUGGCCUCCCUGCAGGACAGCUCCCUGGAGGAAGAGCAGUUUACGGCUGCCAUGCAGGCCCAGGGUCUGCGCCACUCAGCAGCUGCCACUGCCCUCCCUCUCAGCCACGGUGCGGCCCGGAAGUGGUUCUACAAGGACCCACAGGGGGAGAUCCAAGGCCCCUUUACAACACAGGAGAUGGCGGAGUGGUUCCAGGCGGGCUAUUUUUCCAUGGCACUGCUCGUGAAGCGGGGCUGUGAUGAGGGCUUCCAGCCCCUGGGUGAGGUGAUCAAGAUGUGGGGUCGCGUACCCUUUGCCCCGGGACCCUCACCACCCCCACUGCUGGUGAGCACGUCCACCUGGAGAGGAGCAGGGCGGGGAAGCGGGAGCCGGACGGAUGGCGGCGGGUGGUACGGAGCGAGACCAGGUCAGAGGCACAGAAGCGCUCUGGCCCCCACUCAGGGCAACAUGGACCAGGAGCGGCUGAAGAAGCAGCAGGAGCUGGCGGCCGCGGCCUUGUACCAGCAGCUGCAGCACCAGCAGUUUCUGCAGCUGGUCGGCAGCCGGCAGCUCCCGCAGUGCGCGCUCCGGGAAAAGGCCGCUCUGGGGGACCUGACGCCGCCCCAGCAGCAGCUCACUGCGUUCCUCCAGCAGCUCCAAGCUCUCAAACCGCCCAGAGGCGGGGACCAGAACCUGCUCCCGACCAUGAACCGGUCCUUGUCGGUGCCGGAUUCGGGCCCCCUCUGGGACAUACAUACCUCAGCCUCAUCACAGUCAGGCGGUGAGGCCAGUCUUUGGGACAUACCAAUUAACUCUUCGACUCAGGGUCCAAUUCUAGAACAACUCCAGCUGCAACACAAAUUCCAAGAGCGCAGAGAAGUGGAGCUCAGGGCGAAGCGGGAGGAGGAGGAGCGCAAGCGGCGGGAGGAGAAGCGCCGGCAGCAGCAGCAGCAGGAGGAGCAGAAGCGGCGGCAGGAAGAAGAGGAGCUGUUUCGGCGCAAGCAGGUGCGGCAGCAGGAGCUCCUGCUGAAGCUGCUGCAGCAGCAGCAGGCAGCGGCCGCCGUCCCGGCGUCCCCCGCACCCAGCUCCCCGCCACCGUUGUGGGCUGGCCUGGCCAAGCAGGGGCUGUCCAUGAAGACGCUGCUGGAGCUGCAGCUGGAGGGCGAGCGGCAGCUGCAUAAGCAGCCCCCACCUCGGGAGCCGUCACGGGCCCAGGCCCCCAACCACCGCGUGCUCGGGGGCCUGGGCGCUGCUCCUCUGAACCAGUGGGUGUCUGAGGCUGGGCCACUGUGGGGCGGGCCCGACAAGAGUGGGGGCAGCAGCGGUGGCCUGGGGCUCUGGGAGGACACCCUCAAGAGCAGCGGGAGCCUGGCCCGCAGCCUGGGCCUGAAGAACAGCCGGAGCAGCCCCUCUCUCAGUGACUCGUACAGCCACCUGUCAGGCCGGCCUGUGCGCAAAAAGACAGAGGAGGAAGAGAAGCUGCUGAAGCUGCUCCAAGGCAUCCCCAGGCCCCAGGACGGCUUCACCCAGUGGUGUGAGCAGAUGCUGCACACAUUGAGCACCACAGGCAGCCUGGACGUGCCCAUGGCUGUAGCGAUCCUCAAGGAGGUAGAAUCCCCCUACGAUGUCCACGAUUAUAUCCGGUCCUGCUUGGGGGACACGCUGGAAGCCAAAGAAUUUGCCAAACAGUUCCUGGAGCGGAGGGCCAAACAGAAAGCCAGCCAGCAGCGGCAGCAGGAGGCUUGGCUGAGCGGCGGCUCCCUGCAGACAGCCUUUCAGACCAACCACAGCACCAAACUCGGCCCUGGGGAGGGCAGCAAGGCCAAGAGGCGGGCCCUGAUGCUGCACUCGGAUCCCAGCAUCUUGGGGUACUCCCUGCACGGACCUUCUGGUGAGAUCGAGAGCGUGGAUGACUACUGACCAGCCCGUCCCACCAGCCCCUGGGCUGUAGGCCAGGGGCAGCAGCAGCGGCUUGGACCCUUGGGUCCCCAGCCUGCAGGCUCCCCACGGGAGCAUAGGAGGAAGCAGGGGCAGGGUCCCCAGCACUUGUUACAAACCACACGAUGCACCUUAACUCACCCACCACGAGGCACUUUACAGAUUGGGGGGGAAGGGUUUUUGGUUUUUUUGUUUUUUGGGUUUUUUUUUGUUUUUUUCUUUUUUUAAAAAGCAUUUUAAACCACAUUGAGGAAAACUGUUUAGGAGAGACAAAAAAAAAUUGUUAAAAACUAGACUCUAAGCACCCCUUCCCCCUGUAGGGACAGUGAGGGUGAUAAUGGAAGGUCCACAGAGGUCUUUUGGGGGUUUUUUUUGUGUAUGUGUGUGUGUGUGUGUGUGUGUGUGUGUGUUUUGUUUUUUGUUUUUGUUUUUUAAGAAAAAAGAAAAUGGAAAAAAAAAAAAGGUUAGGAGAUUUAAGGAAAAAAACACACUGUUAUUUUGGGGCAGUGGGGACACAGGCCCCAUGGACCUGUCCUGCCUGGCCCCCAAGGCUGCACUUACCCUCCCUGCCCCGCAAGGUGGGCCAUUGGGGUAACUGGAAGCUGGGGUGCCAGCAGUUUGCACAGCGAGGCCCCCUCAGCCCCGCCGGCCGGACCCGCUGUGAACGGCUCCCUUUGUUGCUGUGACCGUGGCAGAGGUGUCCGUGGUGGGGGCCAAAGUAGCCCCUUGGCUUUGCUGCUUUAGGGGAAAGUUGCACAAAUGGGCCGGGCCGCCUCAGCUCUCUAGGCUGCCAUCCUGUGCUGGCUGACGGUGGGGAGGGGGAGAGGGCCAGCCGGUGCCAAUCUCUUCUGGCCGUCAGGGUGACGGAACUUCCACUCUGGCCCUGGUGAGGGGCUUCCCCCACUGCUGCCAUUUGGGGGGACGGCCUGGGUGUGAAGCUGAAAGCCUCAGCUCCCUGCCUUGCCACAUGAAUGUAUUCUUUGGGCCACAAGCCCCUGCUGCGCCUUCUGCCUCAACCCCGUGCGAGGUGGGAGUAGAGCAGUUCCUCCGGGAGCUGGAGAGAGAGGCACCACUUACUGACUGUUUUCUCCUGUGAAAGGGGCAAGAGGAGGGCCUAGGAGGCCAAGGGAGUGGGCAGCAUGGGGCUUCGGGUUGCAGUGUGGGGGCUGUCAGAAUGGAGCUCCCCUGCCUGCAGCCAGCUGUGUGGGAAGUGGACCACCCAGCCCUGCUCUGAACCCCCCCCCCCCCACCAUUGACCAAAUGGGAGAGGAGCCGGUGGCCUCUCCCCCUCCCUGUCCCCUGAUGCGUUUUUAAUGUUGGGUAAGGUGUGGGGGUCAAGAAUAGAAGUGUUGUCUCUCCUGGGUCAGGGGAAGGCCACCCUUCUGUUGCUCACCAACUUCUCAUUCCCAAUCACCUGCCUGGGUUUGUCUCCAUUUGUGUGUGUUUUUCUUUUCUUUUCUUUUUUUUUUUUUUUAACAGUUUGUUGUAUCUUUUGGGUUUCUCAUCUAACUUCUCCCAUUGACCUCAUUGCUCAGAGUGCAGUAUUAGGGCAGGAAUCUGCCACUGCCUCCCCUCCAUGAAUGUAUUUGUCCUUCCUGCCCUGGGGAAAUGGGGAGUGGCCCAUUUUCUUUCCCCAUCCAUUCUUAGACCACAUUUUUUUUGUUCUUUUGUUUUGUUUUGUUUUGUUUUGUUUUGCACCAAAGUGGCAACUGGGUCAGUGUUGGGGGAUAAAGCUGGCCUCGGGGGUGGAGGGGCACCCUCCACCUGCUUCUCCCUGGUUUCAACAGUGUUAGCGUCCGUGAAAAGACAAUAUUCUCUCUAAAGCAAUAAGGGGGUGAUGGGCCAGGGGGAAAUGUCUUGCUGCUGCUGGCCCCCCAGCUCCCCCCUUCCUCACGCCAGUAUUUGGCGGCAUUAGAGGUGUCGGGGGAGUACUGUUGUGACUGAAUGUAACCGCCCCCACCCCUGCCGCAGCCAAUGCAGGGGAGGGGGGUGACACUCUUCCCUGUUUCUUCCUUCCCCUUCCCCCCAGCUAAAGAGACUUUGAACUUAGGGGGCCCUUGAGCCUGGAGAGGCCUUAACCCUGUGAGGAAGUGUAGGGGGGGCCCUCUCCCACCCCCAUCCCCUUCUGAGAGUGGUCAAUGUUUACAAGCCCCUGAGCCCCCCAGCCCAGGGACUCCACCCCCAUUGCUGUCCUUUCCCACCCGUCUUCCUGGGCCCCAGCUGCUCUCCCACCCUCCUGGGUUGGGGUGGGUGCAGGGGCUGUUCUGUAUCCCCUUGUCUGCCUUGGACCCACAAUCUCCCCCACCCUCACCCUGUGUGACUCCCCUCUCUUCUACCUGCCCCUGUAAAUAUUCCCCUUCCCCCAAUAAAACUUGGUGUGUGUUCUCCCCUCUUGA